UCUACCUCCUGCUUCUUCUCUAAGAACAAAGGAGAACAGUGAGUCGUUUGAGAGUUGAACUGUUGAAGCAACUGACAGUUGAAAGAACAAAGGAGAACGAUUUGGGUUCGGCAUUACAGGGUCUUUGAGAGUUCUCUGCAGAUUCUUGACGAACGAUAAACAUGGAUGGACUUCAAAUAAAUCUUGAAUCAAGUAGCUUUGAAAUGCCUAUUAAUUUAGAAGAUGUUGCAAGUCCUAUGGAGGGAGUCACAAGUGGGCAUAAAGUGAAACCCAAGAGAAAACUCACUUCAAAGGAAUUUAAUAUUUGUGAAAUUGAAGAGUUAGGUGCCAAUACACAAAAAUCACAAUUGGAGCUUUAUUUAGAGGAGCCAAGGAUGGCUACUGAAAUUGAAUUGAAUGUGCUUGAUUAUUGGAAAGCAAAUCAGUUUCGUUAUCCUGAAGUUGCUUCAAUGGCUCGUGAUCUAUUGAGUAUCCUAUAUCCACCGUUGCUUCUGAAUCUGCUUUUAGCAUUGGUGGACGAGUAUUAGAUCAAUUUCGUAGUUCAUUAAAGCCUAGCACUGUUGAAGCGAUAGUUUGUACAAGAGAUUGGUUAUUUGGGCAAAGAG